GGCCUCAAGGUGGACACUUCCUCCUGUUUUUCCCUGGCUUCUCUGCAAGUGAAUUUGGCCUUGGAGAUAAGAAAUAGAAUUUACAGCCUGUGCUGCCCCCAGUUUCAAGUGCAAACGUCACGGCAAAGCCAAGAAAUAAACGACAAUGACCAAGAGUUCGACGAGAAAACAUGUUUACUUGGAAAAAAUCCCGUGGAGUUGUGCUGGGCUCACUUCCUGGAAAGAAGUCUCACCGGGCAUGGCUGACUCGGAUUCAUUAGGAAUUGCUGAAAUGGUGAAACGGGUAGCAGAGCGACAAAAUACUCAGGCUUGUGAAAUACAAAAGAGCAAGGAAGUGCUCACACAAAUGCAGGCUCAGCUUCGGGAUCUUGAGAUCCAGAGGAACUCCGUUGUAGCUGAAAGAAGGGCCGUUGAAAGAGAAACGUACUUCUCCGAGGAAGCCCUCGCCACCACCAGAGGCCAUCUCAAAGAUCUGGAGGCGCAAAUCUCAGCCUCACAUGGCGAGAACGUGAAGCUGUCCCAGGAAGUUGAAGUUCUACAAGAAGAGUUGGAAACGAAGGUUUUAGGAAACCGGGCUUACUAUGAGAAAAUGGCCGCCCACCGAAACCGGUUUGAGGAAGCAGAAAGCAAAUUGCCUUUUGUGGUGGAGCUGGUGACAAAAAGGGCCACCGUCCAGCAGCUGAUGGAGAAGAAGGAAGGGCUAGUAGCUUCUCUUCACGAAAAAGAAGAACAGGAUAUGGUUGGCCAAGUCCAGGAUGAAAUUUCUUGUCUGCAAAGUGAAAUAAAGGUUUUGAAAGAGGCUGUCGGUGAAAAGGAGAACGCCAUUCGAGAUGAAAAAAGCAGACAUGCUAUGCUUCAGAAAGAAAUUGAGCUGCAGCGUAAGAGAUCCGAAGCUGUUCUCAGACGGCUGCGUUGCCAAGUUAACAAUCUGGAGCUGGAGAGAAGGCAGCGGCGUUUGAAAAUGCAGCAGCUGGAAGGAGAAGCAGAAGAAUUACGUAAGAUGUUGCAAGCCACCGAUGAGUAAACUCACCCAAGGAGAUCAGCUCCUGCUUUCAAGGGUUCAUGUUUUUGGUUUUCGUUCAUCAAACUUCUGUCUUUCCUGUCUGCAUUAGCUUUGGAGUUGUUUUGGUUUUUUCCUGGCUGUUCUCAUAAUCCUAGUAACGAGUGGCCUUUAUUUUUGAUGCAAAAGUGAAUUUGCGAUACAUAAACGUGGAGGAAAGGCAUAAUAACCAGUUGCUCUUUCAUUUGCUGCUGUUCCCAUGUUUAGUCUUUGCUCCCUGCUUUUAAACCUUGGAAGGACGAGCUAAGGAGGCAGCAGUUGAUGCCACGUUAAUUUUACGACACACUAAACGAGGCCUUGUUCAGAACUGGGACUUCCCAAAGGGUCAGAAAGUUUAAUCAUUUAAUAAGAUAAAAUGUGUUUGGAUGACUGACAGGUUGAAAACACGACUUCACGCAUUGCGGUUUGAAGCAUGCUUAACCAGGGCAGCACCUUAGCGAGAAAAUAAUUAAAGACAGGGGGCAUAAUUAUAUUUUAACGAGCCCACAAGUGUCCUUGGAUAUCUUCAGCACCUUUUGGGAGGUCAGUAAAUGCUUAGAGUUGUAGAGUGGAAAGGAAAGAUGGAUUGGUCAGGAGUUGCCUAACUUUUAAUGCAGAAAAAGCAGGUUCAGAAAAAAUUCCACCGGCCCUUUGGAUAAGGCAGGUCCUCCAGAAAAUUCAAAACAAGAUAAAACCAAAACAGAGAGGCCUUUUUAAAAAAAAAGAAAAAAAAGAAAGCAUGAUAUUCCAGUAAAACUAAAUCCUUUGCUUUUCCUGUUACCUUUUCAAAGUCUACAUCCAUUUGACCCAUCCUUGCUAUCGCAAAGAAAGACCGUAUGGAUUGUACUCUUCACACUUGAAUAAGUUCUCGAUUAAAACGUCGUUUCUUUGCA